GGGAAGAUGGCGGCGCGGCGGGGCCCGGGCCCGGGCCCGGCGCUGCUGCUGGUGCUGGCAGUGCUGGGCCCGGGGCGGCCGCUGCGUGGGGCCCGCGCCGCCCUCAACCUGCAGGAGCUCAGCGAGCUCAAAUACGGCAUCGAGAUCCUUGCCGAGCCCGUGCUGGCCGGGCAGAGACAGGCGGAGGAUGUGGUGACUGUGGCAUCAAAGUUCAAGCAGCGAUAUGAGUGUCGCCUCCCCCCUGCUGCCGUGCGGCGCCAGCCUGAUCCCGAGGAGGAAGCACAGCUCUACAAUGGCUCUGGCAUCACCGAGCUCCUGCGCCCCAUGGGGGCUGCCCCCUGCCUCGUCAAGACCAAGGACUGGUGGACGUACGAGUUCUGCUACGGGAAGCACAUCCAGCAGUACCAUGUCGAAGAAUCUGAGAUCAAAGGGGACGUCCUGUUUCUCGGCUACUACCAGUCGGCAUUCGACUGGGACGAUGAGACCGCUAAGGCCUCCAAGCAGCACCGGCUGAAGCGAUACCACAGCCAGAGCUACGUGAAUGGCUCCCAGUGCGACCUCACCGGGCGAGCCAGGGAGGCCGAAGUCAGGUUCCUGUGCGAGGAGGGCGCUGGGGACUACAUCGCAAGGGUGGACGAGCCCCAAUCCUGUUCCUACGUCCUGACCGUCCACACCACCCGCAUCUGCCACCACCCCUUCCUGCGCCCGCCAGCCAGUGCCAGCCCCCAGCCCAUCCUGUGCCAGCCGGCCCUCAGCCCGGCCCAGUAUGUGGAGUACGUCCGGGCCCAAGUCUCUGACACCAAGCGAAAGGUGGAGGAGAUCUCAGAAGAGCUGAAGACACUGGACACGAGGCUGUGGAGCGAGAAGGACCCCGAAGACCCAGCACAGCCCCAUGAAGGAGGUGCAGAGGCCCACGGCAAUGCUGCUCCAGGGGAUGAGCCAGACCCAGCCAAGGAUGCCACCUUCUGGGAGAGGGUGCGCGAGGUGACCGGCAAAGACAGCAGCCAGCAGGACAGCGCCAAGGAGGAAGAGCCGGUCACGAAGGGAGCAGAGAGUCGUGCAGCUGAUAACCGGAAGAAAAUCCACUUCAAAGUGAUCAGGAACCCUGGAGAUCUGCUGCAGUUCAUCGAGGAGCUGAAGGAGAACACCAAGAAGGCUAGGGAGAAAGCAGUCAAGGAGGAGGUGGCAGAAACCACGGAGCCCCCGGUCCCUGAGGAGCCUCCAGCCACAGCAGCAGAUGGGGAGCGCCCAGAGGAGGAGGAGGAUGAGGAGGAGGAGGAAGGGGACCUUCUGCGUGGAUUUGAGAAGGAACUGGAAGCUGUGCUGCUGCCCCGGGACCAGAUGGCCCAGCUGAAGGAGGAAGUGAAGACAGAAAUGGAGAAGGAGUUUGACAACAUCAUCAACGAGGUGGAGGAUGAGCUGGAGACGGAGGGGCUGAAGGGGGAGUUUGACCGUAAUCAGGCAUCCAAGUCCCUCGCCUCCACCCUCAACCGCCUCAUGGACAAGCUGGAUGGGGGCCGCCCCAGCAAGGCGGCAGAGAAAGAGGAAGAAGAAGGUCCCCGGAGCAAGGCCAGCCCCAGCUCCCCAGCCGAGCAAGCACCUGAUGCCAGCCCAGAUGGGCGCGUCCGGGUGCAGGUGAGCAGGAUCAGGCCAGGCAGCGCCCAGCACCGCGAGCCUCGCGUGCGGGAAAUGGGCCGGGACAAUCCCCAGCUGCACCACAUCGAGAGCGAAGUCCGGGAGCUGCUGGCCAAGGAGGGCCUGAGGGCUGAAGGGAAAAUCGAGAUCAAGAUUGUGACGACGGGGGGGCCGGGUGACGAGGACGAGACGCACUGGCUCUCGGAUGAAGACACCAAGAACCUCAAGGACAUCUUCUUCAACAUCCUGAUCCAGGGCACGGAGGAGGCACAGAAGGAGCGGCGGCGGCAGCAGGCGCUGGAGGACAACUACCGCUUCGUCUGGGGGCACCGCGACGAGCCCCAGCCCCCCGGGGACUCCGAGGACCCCGAUUUCUGACCUCCCCCCUCCCCUGGACUUGUGCAUUUGCCCUUCCCGGGGCUGAGCCCAGCCCUGGCGUGGGGGUGCCAGGGCCCUGGGAGAGGGCGUUAAUGCCCAGGGCGCCCCAGGUACUGCGGGGCCCUGGGGGGCGGGCUGACCCCCCCCGGCCCCGCUCUGCCCUCUCCCUCCCUUUGAACCUGUGUGGGGGACUAGGAGUGCUUGGGGGGGAGGAGGGGGAGCGUCUCGCUGUGUCCCCUGUGGUGGGGGACAACCCUGUGCUGAGGCUGGGCACGGUUGUGAUGUGGAUGAGCCAGGGGUGGGGAAGGGGGAGCGUGGGGGGGAGGGAAGGGGGGGUGUUUCUAUCAUUGCCGCUGGAGCCCUUUGUGUCCCCCCCACCCGUCCCUGGGCGAGGGGUGGGGGGGGGAGGGCUCUUUCUCAUAAUGAGAUGUAAAAAAAAGAGUCGUUAAGCGCCUGCUCCCCCCCCCCCCCCCCGGCCCUGUGCCCACAGCUGGAUUUUUAUCAAUAAACCGAGGUCAGCCCAGG